GCUCAAGCCUCGAGUUGUUCUGUCAUUCCUCAAAUAUUUUGGAACUUGUUGCGAAAGUUUAUCAGUAACUACAAACCACGGUGCGAACAAACCUGCCUGGUGAUUAGUUUUUAAUCGAAGCAAGCAUUUUAUUGCAUUUGCUUUUCAAUUUAAGCAAAUAUGUCCAGUUCAAGAAAAGUGGUCGAGUUGUUCUAUGAUGUUGUUUCUCCGUAUUCGUGGCUGGCAUUUGAGGUGCUGUGUCGCUAUAGAAAUGUUUGGAACAUCGACCUCAAAUUUAAACCGGCAUAUUUAGGGGGAGUCAUGCAUGAGUCAGGAAACCGCCCCCCUGGAAUGGUCCCAAAUAAGUUUCAUUACAUGACCACAGAUCUGAAGCGGCUGUCUGACUAUUUUGGGGUCCAUUUGUCUCCACCUUCAAAUGUUUUUGAGGCAAUGUUUGAGAAAGGCACACUGAAUGCGAUGCGUUUUGUGACAGCUGUAGCAGAGAAGGAAAAAGGGGGAGACAUGCUGGUGGAGAGGGUAUCUAGAGAGCUCUGGAAAAGAAUCUGGAGUACUGAUCAGGAUAUUACCCAACCUGCCUCACUCACUGAGGCAGGAUUAAAGGCAGGUCUCUCAGCCAAUGAGGUGGAGGCAAUUCUGACUCUUUCGAAAUCUCAGCCAAUCAAAGACAAACUGAAGAGUGUCACACAGGAAGCACUGGAGCAUAAAUGCUUUGGUUUUCCUUUCAUUGUGUGUUAUGUGAAUGGGAAGCCUGAGGUCUUCUUUGGUUCUGACAGAUUUGAGCUCAUGGCUCAUUGCAUCGGGGAGAAGUGGGUGGGGCCUCAGCCUGCCAACCCCAGAGCCAAAAUGUGAUAGAUGCUCUUCUAUAUUUCUAAUUAAAAUUUUUAAAUGGUGUAAAUUCAUAACGCUCUUACAAUAUAAACAUACUGAAUACAAAAGAGAGGGGGAAAAAGCAUUGGGAGACAGAAAUAAUAACAUUUGUCUUUAUACUAUACUGUUCAAAAGUUGUUGUUUUUUUGUGCUCACCAAGGCUGCAUUAAUUGAAUUAAAAAUACUGUAAAAACUGUAA